AUGAGCAAUCAGGACAUUGUCACCUAUUUGAACACGUAUAUCAAUUUGAAGUUGCGGGAAAUCCCGGGAAUCGCCGAAUACUUUGUGAACAUUGAGUACAAAAUCCCGCCCUAUCGUUUCUUCAUCAUGCUCUCCUUUGCAUGCUAUCAUUUACAGUUCUGGAAGCGUGGUGCUUUCCCUCUGAUUUGCCUCCUCACAAUCUACAGUUUCGCCGCCGUUUGGCCGGUUCCAUUGGUGAAUGGAUAUUACAUUGAAGUGAAUGGAGUGGUGGCGAGGAGUGCGUCGAUGUAUACGCAAUUGGCAGGCCUUUAUGUCUAUAUGGAUUACGGGGGCAAAAUGUACAUCGGAUUGGCGAUUUUCUUCAACGGUGCAACCGCUGCGAAAUUGCUUUAUUUACGGUUUCGUGGGCAAAAACUCUCCAACACCCAGGAAAUCGGCCUUUUCGUGAUGGCGUUCGCGACGUUUUUCUGCCAAAUCUUUUGCCAAUACGUCAUUACAACAAACAACUUUCAGACUCAAAUUAGCACCGUCGCUGCCGCAUAUGUUUCCUAUAGCAAUAUCAUUUCCUCGGUGAACGCGGAUAUUUUCUCGCUAUCCGAGGUUUAUAUCGGUUUGAUCUUCAAUCAAUAUCUUCGAUUGCACGUUAUGCAGACAAUCACGGGCAAAAAGGGUCCAAUCAUGGUGGGAACUCUCUCAGCAAAGGUCUCGUCGGUGAUCCCAUCAAAUACGAGUCGACGAUGGGAGAAAACUGAAAGAAAAGAAUUGUCGAAGAUU